UCUAUUUUUGAGUUCAGCUUUUGAUGGCAGCUUCUAAUGCUAUGGAUUGGAGCAACAAUAGCUGUAGGAACUCCUCCCAUUAUCUAUUGUAGUGUGGAUUGUGUUUUGGUUGGUGCUUUGCAUUCUCUUGAAGCUUUUUGGCUUUUGAAUAUUGAGCUUUUGGUUCUUGAGUUUGCCAUCAAUCUUUGUUAAUCGGGUUUGGUGGCUGUUCAGAUACUUGGAUUUGAUUCCAGCUGUACUCUGUCGAGGUGAGAAAUUUAGCUUUAACUGUGGCCAAUGAUCAUUUCAUAAUGAAUGGGGCUGGGAGGUUUGUUUGUCAAUGGACUCCCCCGACAAAAAGUUUUCUGAGUUAGUUGACAUCGUUAAAUCUUGGAUCCCUCGGAGAACCGAGUCAGCUAAUGUGUCGAGGGACUUUUGGAUGCCCGAUCAGAGCUGUAGGGUAUGCUACGAGUGCGACUCUCAAUUCACAAUCUUUAACCGUAGGCAUCAUUGCCGUCUCUGUGGAAGAGUUUUCUGUUCGAAGUGUACUACAAACUCAGUUCCUGCCCCGUCUGAUGAGCCAAAGACAGGCAGGGAGGAGUGGGACCGGAUCCGGGUCUGUAAUUAUUGCUUCAAACAAUGGGAACAAGGGAUAGCAACAGUUGAUAAUGGGAUCCAAACAUCCAGUCCAGGUCUCAGUCCUUCACCCUCAGCGACAAGUUUGGCCAGCACCAAGUCUAGUGCAACUGGGAACAGCAGCAACAGCACUAUUUGUUCAAUGCCAUACUCAACCGGACCUUAUCAACGGGUGCCAUAUAGUUCAGGUCUCAGUCCGCGUCAGUCAUCUCAAGUUGAACCUUGUACAGAAAAGCAAGACAUGGUAGCACCUGAGAGGGGCAUGGAUCCUGUUCAAGACAUUGGGGGUCAAUCUCCCAACGCAUAUGGAUUUUCCAAUAACAGGUGUGAUGACGAUUACGAUAAAUAUGGUGUUUUUCGAUCAGAUUCUGAAACUCGGCAUUUUACUCAGGCCGAUGAUUAUUAUUAUGGCCCAGUCGAGUGUGAUGAGAUUGACCAUACCUAUGGAUCACAUAAAGUGUAUCCUGAUGCAGAAAAUAUUGAAACAAAGGAUUUGAGCUGCUCUUCGGUACAUGAUAGUUUAGAUUCACAAGGGUUAGAAGGGAGUAAAAAACAGGGCGAAGAAGCAGAGGUAUAUGGUCCAGAUGGUCCAGAAGCAGAGCCAGUAGAUUUUGAGAAUAAUGGGUUGCUUUGGCUACCUCCAGCGCCAGAAGAUGAAGAGGAUGAGAGGGAAGCUGAGAUAUUUGAUGACGAUGAUGACGAUGCUACCGGAGAGUGGGGAUAUUUACGUUCUUCGAGCAGCUUUGGCAGUGGGGAAUACCGAACUAGGGACCGAUCGAGCGAAGAGCAUCGUAAGGCCAUGAAGAAUGUGGUUGAUGGGCAUUUUAGGGCUUUGGUUUCUCAACUUUUGCAAGUUGAAAAUCUACCUAUUGGUGAGGAAGCUGACAAGGAAAGUUGGUUGGAGAUAAUUACAUCAUUGUCUUGGGAGGCUGCAACACUCCUGAAGCCAGACACAAGCAAGGGGGGAGGAAUGGAUCCUGGUGGAUAUGUGAAGGUCAAAUGCAUAGCUUGUGGGCAUCGCAGUGAGAGCAUGGUGGUCAAAGGAGUUGUUUGUAAAAAAAAUGUGGCUCACCGGAGAAUGGCAUCAAAAUUUAUGAAACCUCGUUUCUUAAUCCUUGGAGGAGCUCUUGAGUAUCAGCGGGUCUCGAACCUCCUCUCAAGUUUUGAUACUCUUUUGCAGCAGGAAAUGGACCACUUGAAGAUGGCAGUUGCAAAGAUAGAUGCCCACCACCCCAAUGUCCUUUUAGUAGAGAAGUCAGUCUCCCGUUUUGCCCAAGAUUACCUCCUUGCUAAAGACAUAUCACUUGUUCUCAAUAUUAAGAGGCCGCUGUUAGAGCGUAUAGCCCGCUGCACAGGUGCACAAAUUGUUCCUUCGAUUGAUCAUCUCUCCUCGCAGAAGCUGGGUUAUUGUGACGCAUUCCACGUGGAGAAAUUUCUUGAAGAGCAUGGCAGUGCUGGACAGGGUGGGAAAAAAUUGGUGAAGACACUUAUGUUCUUUGAUGGCUGUCCAAAGCCAUUGGGUUGUACUAUUUUGCUCAAGGGUGCUAAUGGGGAUGAGCUGAAGAAAGUGAAGCAUGUCGUCCAGUAUGGUAUCUUUGCUGCAUAUCACUUGGCCUUGGAGACUUCUUUUCUUGCUGAUGAAGGUGCUUCUCUGCCAGAACUUCCACUGAAAUCACCUAUAACUGUUGCACUUCCUGACAAACCAUCCAGUAUAGACAGGUCCAUUUCUACCAUACCUGGUUUCACUGUUCCUGCUGCUGGCAAGGAACAUCAACCUAGUAGUGAACCACAAAGAUCCAACAGCGUCCCGUCAUCAGGUCUAACUUCACCAAUCUCCAAUACCUCCAUUUGCAUAACUGAAAAGGAAAAGGCCCCAUUUCCUUGUUCACCUGAAGGCCCCAACUUCCAUUAUACAGGACCUGCAAGCGCCAUCAACUCUUCUGCUUCUGUUUCUUCCUUUUCCUCUUUGGGACAGUGUGAGUAUGAUAAGAACCAAACCAUGCUUUCCCUAAAUCAUGCAUUAGAGAUUAAAAAGAAAGUAGGCGCGGAAGAAUCUUUUGAGGCCAAAGCAUCAGCAACCAACAGAGGCCAAGAUGUUGUGAAUGAUGAACUAGUUACUAGUGGCUUUGGAGUUCCAGAGCCCUCAGGGAAAGGUGGGGUUACUCUUAUUAAUCAUGACACCAUGGUUGGGAAUCAACCUAGUCUUUCAAGGUUGGCAUCACUACAUCAAGAUGGCAAUAACUACCCUGAGGAGCUGGUGUCUUCCAAGGAAGAGUUUCCUCCAUCCCCGUCUGAUCAUCAGAGCAUUUUGGUCUCUUUAUCAACCCGCUGUGUGUGGAAGGGGACUGUCUGUGAAAGAGCCCAUCUCUUCCGUAUCAAGUACUAUGGUAGCUUUGACAAGCCUUUGGGACGUUUUUUACGGGACCAUUUAUUUGAUCAGAGUUACCGUUGCCGUUCAUGUGAGGCGCCAUCAGAAGCACAUGUUCAUUGUUAUACUCAUAGACAGGGCAGCCUCACGAUUUCUGUUAAGAAGAUCCCAGAUCUUCUCUUGCCAGGGGAACGAGAAGGCAAGAUCUGGAUGUGGCACAGGUGCCUCCGGUGUCCAAGGAUCAAUAAAUUCCCUCCGGCAACUCGGAGAGUGGUGAUGUCUGAUGCUGCUUGGGGUUUAUCUUUUGGGAAAUUUUUGGAGCUUAGUUUUUCAAACCAUGCUGCCGCAAGCAGGGUGGCUAGCUGUGGUCAUUCUCUGCACAGAGAUUGUCUCCGAUUCUAUGGGUUUGGGGGAAUGGUUGCUUGCUUCCGUUAUGCUUCGAUUGAUGUUCAUUCUGUCUACCUUCCACCCCCAAAACUUGAUUUUAACUUUGAAAAUCAGGAGUGGAUACAAAAAGAAGCAAAUGAGGUGGUUGACCGAGCAGAACUUCUAUUUACUGAAGUACUCAAUGCUCUCCAUCAGAUUGCAGAGAAAAGAUCAGAUGCUGGGUCAGUUAGCAACAACCUGAAAGCACCUGAAUCAAGACGCCACAUUUCAGAACUAGAAGGGAUGUUACAAAAGGAGAAGGCUGAAUUUGAGGAAUCUCUCCAGAAAACACUUUACCGGGGGCCCAAGAAAGGUCAACCUGUAAUUGAUAUUCUUGAGAUCAAUCGGUUACGGAGGCAGUUACUCUUUCAUUCUUAUGUCUGGGACCACCGCCUGAUAUAUGCAUCCAAUUUAGACAGUGGCAGCCAUCAGGAUUCGCUGAACAGCUCUGCCCAGAAACAUAAGGAGAAACAUUCAAGUAAUAUUGAGAAGCUUGGUUUUGAAAUGAAUUCGUCUCCUAGGCCAGAUUCUGGUUUUACCAGUGCUGACUCGCAUGAAGAUACAAGGCUUGAUGAAAGCCUUAAUCAAGGAGGUGAAAUUGGUGAUGUCCUUAACCAGCCUGGCAUAGUUCAAGCAGCAAGUGACAUAGAUCAGGAUCUAAAACCCAGAAAGGAGGGCCUGACUCAUGUUUCUGCUAGCAGUGAUCUUGCUAAUCAAUCCGAUCCUUUGGAAUCUCGGGUAGUUGUUCAAAGGGCUCUCUCAGAAGGACACUUCCCUCUUAUGGAAAAUUUGUCAGACACCCUUGAUGCAGCAUGGACAGGUGAAAAUCACCCUGGAAGUGUACCACCCAAGGAGAAUGGCAAUGCAGCGAUAGCAGAUUCUUCAGUUGUGGUAGAGGCUGCGGCAUCAGCAAGGUCUGAUUUGGAAGAGCUUUUGGAAGACAAUGGUGGGGUUGAGGUAACUCAAUCUCUUGGGCAUGCAUUACCUACCAAGCAGGCUGACACUGUGGAAGACACUACAAGCUGGAUAGGGAUGCCUUUUUUAAACUUUUACCGUUCUUUCAACAAGAAUUCUUCUGGGAGUGCUUCAAAGUUUGAUACACUAAGCGAGUACAAUCCUGUCUAUGUCUCAUCUUUCCGGGAGUUGGAACGUCAAGGUGGGGCCAGCCUGCUUUUGCCCGUGGGUGUUAACGACACUGUUGUUCCAGUUUAUGAUGAUGAACCCACAAGUAUUAUAGCAUAUGCUCUGGUCUCCCAAGAUUACAAUCUCCAGAUAUCUGAUGAUCGGGAAAGACCAAAAGAUGGUGUGGAGUCUUCAGUUUCACUACCACUUUUUGAUUCGGUAAAUCUUCAGUCACUCCAUUCCUGCGAUGAACCAGCCGCUGAAUCUUUAAGAAGCCUUGGGUCUACAGAUGAUAGCAUAUUAUCUUUGUCGGGGUCCCGGAGUUCCUUGGCUUUGGACCCGCUCUUGUAUACAAAGGCAUUGCAUGUCAGAGUUUCUAUCACAGAUGAUGGCCCACUUGGAAAGGUGAAGUAUAAUGUGACUUGUUACUAUGCGAAGAGGUUUGAUGCCUUGAGGAGGACAUGUUGCCCGUCUGAGUUGGACUUCAUAAGGUCUCUUAGUCAUUGUAAAAAAUGGGGGGCUCAGGGUGGAAAGAGCAAUGUAUUCUUUGCAAAAACCUUGGAUGAUAGGUUUAUCAUCAAACAAGUCACAAAGACGGAGCUGGAGUCUUUCAUCAAGUUUGCUCCGGAGUAUUUUAAGUACCUGUCUGAAUCAAUCAGCUCAGGAAGCCCAACAUGUCUAGCAAAGAUUCUUGGGAUUUAUCAGGUUACAUCAAAGCACCUUAAGGGUGGGAAGGAAUCCAGGAUGGAUGUUCUAGUUAUGGAGAAUCUUCUGUUCGGCCGGAAUGUUACAAGACUCUAUGAUCUCAAAGGAUCUUCCCGGUCACGGUAUAAUCCGGAUUCUAGUGGGAGCAAUAAAGUUUUGCUGGAUCAGAAUCUGAUUGAAGCAAUGCCAACUUCUCCAAUUUUUGUGGGAAACAAGGCUAAGCGGUUGCUUGAGAGAGCUGUCUGGAAUGAUACAGCUUUUCUUGCGUCGAUUGAUGUAAUGGAUUACUCUCUACUGGUUGGGGUGGAUGAGGAGAAGCAUGAACUGGUUCUUGGGAUCAUUGAUUUUAUGAGGCAGUACACAUGGGACAAGCACCUUGAGACAUGGGUGAAGGCUUCGGGCAUCCUUGGUGGGCCAAAAACAUCUCCCACAGUAAUCUCACCCAAGCAAUACAAGAAACGGUUCAGGAAAGCCAUGUCUGCUUAUUUCCUUAUGGUACCAGAUCAGUGGUCCCCUCCAACAAUCGUCCCCAGUGGAUCCCAGUCUGACCUGUGUGAAGAGAAUACGCAAGUUGGGAACUCCAUCGAGUGACACUGUGAAACAUGGAGCUCUGUAUAUGUCAAGAGAUAUAUGCUUCGAUUAAUUCCCCCCCCCCCUCCUUUUUUUUUGUCCUGCCCUUUUUUUAUGGGUCUUAUCCUCUUGUUCCUUUUCCCCAUUGUAACUUCCCCCCUCCCCUCUUGAUUGCAUCCUUAUUCUUGUUCUUGAAAGAGCAUCUGUGAAUUAUUUGUUAGGAUACGAGGAGGGAAGGCUGUUUGAUGCCUAAGAAUUUUCGUCAGUGUCAAAUGGUAUCAGAUAGGUGGUCUCUCUGUGAAUUAAUGUACAAUAUCUUUGUUGAAAUGUAUUUAUAAUUGCAGCA